GCAUGCAAGCUUGAAGCAAACGCAUCUCAUUCACAGAGUCGGCCAUUUUACUGAUAAUGUUUUCACAUUAUUACGAAAGUAUUAUCGCGUGUUUUAAAAUACUAAAUAACUAAUUGAACUGUAUUGUUUUACGUGAAAAACGAAUGGACAAGCAUGGCGCAGUGGAAAGUGUCUGAACAUUGUUUAUAGUGAUGCAAAAUAUGGAAUCGUGUUGAUAGUGAAUUUGACUUUGUGUGAUUGACUGAAUUGCGUGAAAAAUGUCUGGUGAAGAAGCUGGUGGGUCCGGGAGUGGACACUCUAUCCAGGUAUUCCGUCCUACCUGGGAAGAGUUUAAAGAUUUCAACAAAUACGUCCAGUAUAUGGAGUCGAAAGGGGCGCAUAAGGCUGGUCUUGCCAAAGUGAUUCCUCCGCCGGAAUGGGUUCCUCGCAAGAAGGGCUACAGUCUAGAAGAGCUGAACGUCACGAUACCGUCGCCUAUAUGCCAAGUUGUGACCGGAAAACAAGGUUUGUUUCAACAAAUAAACAUUCAGAAAAAGUCUAUGACAGUCAAGCAGUUUGCAGUACUAGCGAACUCUGCUAAGUAUUGUACGCCGCGGCACUCGAGUUUUGACGAUCUUGAGAGAAAGUAUUGGAAAAAUGUUACUUAUGUAGCUCCAAUAUAUGGUGCUGAUGUGAACGGAAGCAUCACAGACCCUGAUGUGAAGGAAUGGAAUAUAAAUCAUCUGGGAACAAUUCUCGACUUCGUGAACUCUGAUUACGGCAUAGAAAUUGACGGAGUUAAUACUGCUUACCUGUAUUUCGGUAUGUGGAAGACCACGUUUGCCUGGCACACUGAGGAUAUGGACUUAUAUUCUAUAAACUACUUGCACUUUGGAGAACCAAAGACCUGGUAUGCCAUCCCACCAGAACAUGGAAAAAGAUUUGAAAGAAUUGCGUCCGGCUUCUUUCCAACUUCAGCUAAAACUUGCCAGGCUUUCCUUCGGCAUAAAAUGACUCUGAUCUCACCUCAGAUAUUAAAGCAAUAUUCUGUUCCUGUCAAUAAAAUAACUCAAGAAGCUGGCGAGAUUAUGAUUACAUUCCCUUAUGGUUACCAUGCUGGGUUUAAUCAUGGAUUUAAUUGUGCCGAAUCAACAAACUUUGCAGCUCCACGUUGGGUUGAAUAUGGCAAGCGGGCACUACAAUGUACAUGCAGCAAUGAUAUGGUCAAGAUCUCCAUGGAUACAUUUGUCAAACGGUUCCAACCUGAACGGUAUGAACUGUGGCUUAAGGGUCAAGAUAUUGGUUGCCAUCCAGAACAACCAGACAAGAUGGUACCAGCACCGCAUCCAUCUGGCUCAGACAUUCUCUGUAACAAAAACAACACAGAGCUGCCUGAAUCGUUCAUAGAAGCUGAAGAAGAAGGCCUCAGGAAGAAGAAACGCCAUCCUCUUCACUUAAAGAGAGCUAUGGCUAGUAAGAGCAUCUCUGAAGGAGCAAUUGCUGUCUCAAUACUUGGGCAUGACGUCAUGGAUGAUGAUGAAAUGACUAUGGCAGAAGGAGAUCUUGACAUGAUGACAUCAAUGAAGCGUCAACACAUCCCUGAUGAUACUCAACUUGAUGCUCUUGAAGAUAUUUGGUUGAAAGGAGAUGAAAUGGAUCCAUCAGAGGCACAGCUGCCAGAUGUUGGCUACAUCGAUUCAGAGUCGGACUCUGAUUACGAGGCACCAAAAUCAAGGACAAAAGGGAAAGGAGGUCGUAAGAAGCGGAAAGACAGUGAUAAGAAGAGACCCAGAGCAGAAAAGUCCAAAGGAGAGGAGGCUGAAACCAAAAAGAAGCCGGAACAAGAAGGCGUAGAGGAUGAUUCACAAGAUAAGCAAGAGAAAACGGAUAAAGCUAAGAAAACCCCAACUAAAGGAAGGGGAGGAAAAAAGGUGAAGUCUAAGAAACUAUCUAGUGAACAACUUGUAGACAUGGCAGCUGUGGUCUCCAAUUGGGACUCGCCUCCACGGAACCUGGCUGAAGGUAGUCCCCCUGACAAGUCUUCUGACCCUACUGACCCACUUCAUGUACCUAUUGAUGGCAAACAAGAGCCAAUAACGACACCAGAAACCAAAAAGGAGCCUAAAAAGCGAAAAUCUGCGAUCAAAUCUGAACAAGACGGCGAGAAACAGGACAAACCCAAGAAAGAACGCGUCAAGAAGACACCAGUAAAACGUGAACCGAAAGCUAAGAAACCAGAGGACCCGACCAAGGAGAAAAAACCACGAAAACCUAGAACACCGAAACAAACGCCCAAAUUCGCUUACAACUCUCCGAUACAGCCUGUUAUGGCAAGUCAGCAGAAAAUCCGUCCCCAAAUACUCCAGAAGUUCAGUAGCCCACCUCAGAAGACAUACUCGAUGCUAAAUAUCCCACAGAACCGACAAGUUCACAAAUCGUCAACGGAAACUUCAACGUCGACAUCAACGGGUACAAUAACAAGCUUAUUGCCCUCUACAAAGGCCUCUACGAGCCCCCCAAAGCCGUACUCUAGCAUACUUUUAGACGGGCACUUACGACUCCCUAACCCCACCAAAAUAGCACCUAUCAAAAAAGACCCGAGCGCAUUCCAAGGAGAGUUCACAAAAUUCAUGGAAUCCGCUAAUUCCCGAGCACCACCGACUAUCCUUAAGCAGCACUCGUAUCCAACCAAGAAAAGUCCACCUAAACCUAAAGUGGAGCCUGCAAAAGCCGAGAGCAGUACGGUGACACAGGACUGGGCCUUGCCAGUUGGUCAGUACAACGAUAACAUAUUCCUAGACACACCUAUAGACUACAGAACGUACCAGACUCCCCAAACCCCCCAGACACCGGUAGACAGGCUUCAGCCGGUGCAGCAAACUGACCGGAGUCAAUGGAAACCGGACCAGUUCUACCAACCCCAGCAGCUACAAAAUGUGCACCAAAUGUACGAUGCAACUCAAGUGAAUUCAAGUCAUUACUUUAGAAGUCCGUACCAAUCACCAUGGUAUGGUUACCAGAAAGCGUGCUUGAACGUGCUCACGAAGCAGGAAGCGUCACCAUGCGUUGAGAAGGAGGAGGUGAAGGCAGAAGUGGAGCGGUUCAUCGACCUCGCGCGUCAAAUGGAGGCGUUCUUUUUGCAGAAACGGUUCCUUCUAUCAGCGAUGAAGCCGGAGCUUCUGGUGAAGGAAGACAAUAAUGAGCUUAAAUGCGAGCUGCAACGCAAGGAUGAGCUGCUGAGACGCCACUACGACAAGAUCAGCCAGUGGCAGAACCUACUCGCUGAUCUGCAGGGCCACACAGUGUACAACAAGUGUCAACAGCAGCCCGCGGCGCCUCCGCCCCUGCCGCAGGCCGCCUCCCCCAUGCAGCAGCAGUGUGUCCAACAGAACAUGCAGGCGCAACAGAUGGCGGCGGCGGCGGCGGCGCAGCAGGCGGCGUUGCAGCAACAAGCGUUGCAACAGCAACAGGUACCGCGUCCCCCCCUACCGCCGUACCCUACCAAUGUACAGCGGCGGUAAUACCCUAGCAUAAACAUGAAUAGGCAUUUGCUAGGUAAGCGUGAUCCACCCUAGCCAACAUCGUCACUUACCAUCAGGUAUUACGGUCAAACGCGAGCCUAUAUUAAAAAAAAAACUGUGUCAGUGACAUCGGAUACUGAAAGGGAUGAUUCAGACCAUGACUCCGAGUUAAUAUCAAGUGGUAUUUUACGUCGCGUAGCCUUCCAACUCAUGAUAUGUUCGUCAUACUUAAGUAACUAAGACAAUAUAUGAAACUUUAGGUAUUUUGUAAUGUGAUUGUUAAUUAGUAUUUUAAUAGACACAGUUAACAGUUUGAAAAAAUCUUUAAAAUACGUUAAUAUUGUAACGUAAGUAGAUUAAAGUGUAGGGACCUUAAUAGUUCCUAUCCGUUACCUAGAUGGCGUACGUGUAGCGGAUUCAGUGUAAAACGUAAAUAAUUUAUUGUUUUUCUUCAUCAACAUCAGCCCAUUAACGUCCACACUGCUGGGGCACGGGCCCUAUGGAUGGAUAGGGAGAUCGGGCCUUAAACCACCACGCGGGCCCAGUGCGGAUUGAUGGUUAUUAACGACUGCUAAUGCAGCCGGGACCAACGGCUUAACGUGCCUUUCGAAGCACGGAGGAGCUCGGGAUGAAAACUUUUUUUUGUGGUCACCCAUCCUAUGACCGGCCUUUGCGAAAGUUGCUUAACUUCAACAAUCGCAGACCGAGCGCGUUUACCGCUGCGCCACCGAGCUCCUCAAUUAUUUUUCUUAUUUACCAUUAUUUCUGAGGCUUCAUUUUAUUUGUGCCACAAGAGGUAAAAUAAUAAUGUAUUUUCUUCAAAUUAUUGAUAAAAUAUGCAUUCCCAUACAAAAGUAUACUUACUAAACUGUACUUUUUGUUACAAAUAAACGUGAAUAAACCUUUACAAAACUUUUUUUUAUAUGUAGUUUCUAACAAUAAGUAUCAAAAGGAACAUUUAAAUAGGAAGUUGUCAAUAGCUUCAGACCCAGAGUAAACCAGGAGAAAAUAGGAAGGGUUUAUAAUAUUUUUUAUUGUUUGUAGGUUCUCUAGACCUUCAAAUGGUGGCAAAAAGGUGUAGAGCUCAUUUAGCUUAGUUUAUCUGUGACAAAAAUAAUAAUUUCGAUCACAAAAAUAAUAAUUUGGUGUGGCUACACUUACGCCAUCUAUUGUAGCCGAAGUGUAAAUAGCGAGGGUUUCAACACCUUUAAAAGUAAAAAAAACCUACAACAAAAAGAAAUCUUAGGCUGAUUACGCAUAGGAUAAUCGCUUUUAAAAGUUGAUAUUUUUGAUAGAAAAUUAAAUGAAUAUGAAUAAUACUUUGUUACAAUUUAAAUUUAUUAAAGAAUAAAAAGCUAUUAGAGUGUAAGUACAAAAUAGAUUUGUAAGCUUUAAGUUCUUUCACGCCUAUUAUAAUUUUUCUUUUUUUCGUGUACAAUGCUUUAGAAAAGAAAUAUAUUUAGAUUAUAUUUA